UUAAGGUACAGCAAUGCUGGGAAGAACUCUCAGUGGGAGGCAUUAUUCAGGUCUAGCUAUAGUUCUUGAUUUCUUUUUUGUCAUGGUACUUGAAUCUGAAUGAGCACCCAGUUAUAGGACAGCCCUUGGUGAAAGUCAGUUGAGCUUUCUAUGAAGUUGUUUACUGUUUGUGCAUGCUCAAUUUCCAUGAGGAGUUACUUUGAUAUCUUAUUUUAAAACUGAAUCUCAACUAAAGCCUUGUAUUCUUUCCAGGUUAGAUGUAGAGACUAAACUUCUUCCACCUGUCCCUCUAAAACAUGUAUUUCUCCAUGUAAUCCUCCUGAUGGAAAACCAGACAGGGUUCCCUUCCUGCUGUUCAUGCUGACUGGCUCCUUGGAGAGGUGGUGAAUGAGUGAAUGUAUGCUUGGUGGUCUUCAAAUGUGGAAAUUGCCCUGGAUGUGGUUGCUGCUGCUGCCCUGGUCAAAUGUCUUGAUAGGGAAUUAACACCAUUCUGUGAUGGGCUGUGGGACAAGCAAAGUGCUUCCAGAGCCUCCCAGAGAUGUGCAGCUAGACCUGGUGAAAAAAGUUGAACCUUACACAGGCCGCGAUGACAUAUAUAAACAUUUCAUCAAGGAUCACUGUGAGAUCAAAGCUCCUUCACCUCCAGAGCAUGCUAACCCAUACCCUGGGAACCACCUGCCUGCUCAUUUGAACCAGCCUGAGCCCUUCAAGAACAAAGUGGCUAAAUACUGUGCCAAGUUUGACACUAGAGUGACAGCCAAGUAUGACAUUAAAGCCUUGAUCGGGAGAGGGAGUUUUAGCCAUGUUGUACGGGUGGAACACAGGGCCACCAAGCAGCCCUAUGCCAUCAAGAUGAUAGAGACCAAAUACCAGGAGGGGAGGGAGGUGUGUGAAUCAGAGCUUAGUGUGCUGCGUCGGGUUCGCCACACCAACAUCAUCCAGCUGAUUGAGGUGUUUGAGACCCAGGACUGUGUGUACAUGGUGAUGGAGUUGGCAACUGGAGGAGAACUGUUUGAUCAAAUCAUUGCUAAGGGCUCCUUCACAGAGAGAGAUGCUACAUGAGUGCUGCAGAUGGUGUUGGAUGGUGUGAAGUAUCUGCAUACGCUGCGUAUCACACACUGGGACUUAAAGCCAGAGAAUCUGCUGUACUACCAUCCAGGAACAGAUUCCAAAAUCAUGAUUACAGACUUUGGACUGGUGAGUCCUCAGAAGAAGGGAGAUGACUGCCUGAUGAAAACUACAUGUGGGACCCCAGAGUACAUUGCUCCUGAGAUCCUGGUCAGGAAGCCGUACACUAACUCUGUAGACAUGUGGGCGCUCGGUGUCAUCUCCUACAUUCUCCUCAGUGGCACUAUGCCCUUUGAAGAUGACAACCGCACCCGCUUGUAUCGGCAGAUCCUGAAAGGAAAAUACAGUUACUCAGGCGAGCCCUGGCCCAGUGUUUCCAACCUGGCCAAAGAUUUCAUUGAUCAUCUACGCGCGGUGGACCCCAGUGACAGGAUGACAGCCCUUCAGGCCCUGAAGCACCCAUGGGUGGUCAGCAUGGCAGCCUCUUCCUCCAUGAAGAACCUACACUGUUCCAUCUCACAGAACCUUCUCAAGAGGGCAUCUUCCUGCUGCCAAAGCACCAAGUCCGCCCAGUCCAACCGCUCCACAAAAUCCAACAAAUCACGGCAGGUUCGGGAAUGGGAGCUACGUGAGCUCAACUUGCGCUACCGUCAACAGUACACUGGCUGAGCACUGGGCUGGGACCUGCCAGGCAUCUUCACAGAUGUCUUCUCUGCGGUGUAGGUGUGCACACACUCAGUGAGGAACAUCCAGGUUUCUCCCUCCCUCUAGGUGUCCCCCAUCCAUGAGGAGGUGUCCUCAACAUGAGGGACCUUGUGGUGGCCAUCACACCCUGCGAGCUGUGCCAUGGGAGUCUUGUGCCAGAAAUGGGGGAGCCCUUGUGGGCUCAGAGCAGAGCUCAGAGCCUUAAGUAAUACCCAAAUUAAGGAGCCAUGUGGGGAAAAGAGCUCUUUCUGUA